AUGGCUUCUUCUUCAUCUUCCAUCGGCUCAAAGAAGCACGAUGUCUUCCUCAGUUUUAGAGGUGAGGACACUCGUCAUAAUUUUACAAGCCAUCUUUAUGCCGCUUUAAUUCGAAAAAAAGUCCACACCUACAUAGACAACGACCUCAAUAGAGGAGAGGAGAUUUCAUAUGGACUUUUGAAAGCAAUAGAAGACUCGAAACUCUCAGUCAUCAUUAUCUCACAAAACUAUGCUUCUUCCUCGUGGUGCUUAAAUGAACUCUUGCAUAUUCUCCAAUGCAAGGAGAGAUACGGGCAAAGAGUUAUCCCCGUUUUCUACCAUGUAGAACCAUCAUUUGUGCGGAAACACAAGGGUAGAUUCAAACAAGCAUUUGAUGAGCUUAGGAAACGCAAUGACCAGGACCAAAUUCACAAAUGGAGGGUUGCUUUGACGGAGGCAGCCAAUCUAUCUGGUUGGCUCAUACAGGACAACAGGUCUGAGUCAGAACUAGUUGAAGCAAUUGUGGAAGAUGUUCUCAAGAAAUUAAAUGACAUAUCAUCACCAAGUUAUGAUUUCAAGGAGCAACUGGUGGGAAUUAAUCGGCCCGUUGAGAAAAUUCGAUCCUUGCUACAAGUUGGCUUAUUAGAUGUCCGCAUCAUUGGAAUUUGGGGAAUGGGCGGUAUUGGCAAGACUACCCUUGCUGCUGUCAUAUUCAAGAAAAUUUGUCAUCAAUUUGAAGGUCAUUACUUUCUUGAAAAUGUUAGGGAAAACUGGGAUAAACGCCGUCAAAAGUGUCGUAAUAAGCUUUUUUCAGAAUUGCUUGACGAAAAGGAUGUGAAUAUAUGCGUCCCAUUUGUAGGGUCAACGUUCUCUGAGGUUAGGCUCAGUCGUAAAAAAGUUCUCAUUGUACUUGAUGAUGUGAAUGAUCAAGAGCAAUUAGAAUAUUUUGUUGGAAGUCCUAAUUAUUUGGUGGGUCCUGGAAGUAGGAUAAUUGUUACGAGUAGAGAUAGACAGUCAUUUGGGAAUCAGGUUAGUGCAAUAUACAAAGUCGAGGGACUAGAUUAUGAUGAAGCUCGUCAACUAUUUUGUUUGAAUGCUUCUAGGAGAAGCUCUCCAGUACCAUAUUCUAAAGAGCUAUUAGAAAGAGUGGUAAAGCAUGCUAAUGGCAUUCCAUUAGCUCUUAAAGCUUUGGGUUCCUUUUUUGGUACUAGGGGCAGAGAUAAAUGGGGUCGUCUACUAGCUAAGCUAGAAACUUCUCCGAAGAUUGGAAAAAUUCAAAGCAUAUUGAUGAUAAGUUAUAAUGAUGGAUUAGAUGAUGAUCAGAAAGAUGUAUUUCUUGAUAUCGCAUGUUUCUUCAAGGGUUAUAAAAGAUAUGAUGUAGAAAGAAUACUAGAAGGUUCUGAUCUCUUUGUGGAUAUGAUAAUAGACGAUCUUGUUGACAAGUCUCUUCUAACCAUCGAUGACAAAAACAGACUUUGCAUGCACGAUUUGAUACAAGAAAUGGGUCAAGAAAUUGUACAUCAACAAUCCAUCAAGGAGCCAGGAAAGCGUAGCAGAUUGUGGAAAGCUCAAGAUGUCUAUCAUGUUUUAAGAAAUAAUACAGCAACAGCAAAGGUUGAAGGAAUAUUUCUAGAUUUAUCCGAGAUCAAAGAAGUACACUUGAGUCCUGCAAUUUUCCAAGAGACAUAUAAUCUAAGACUGCUCAAAAUUUAUAGUUCAGGAGACAUUAAGAAGUGCAAAGUACAUCUCCCUCAAGGUCUCCACUCUCUUCCUAAUACACUAAAAUAUUUUUACUGGGCUGAGUACCCUUUGAAGUCCUUGCCAUCAGAUUUUAUUGCUGAGAAUCUUGUUGAGCUUUCCAUGGUCAAUUGCCAAGUUAAACUACUUUGGGAGGGAGUCCAGAAUUUGUGCAACUUAAAGAUCAUCAAUUUUCGUUACUGCAAGUACUUGAUUAAAAUGCCAGAUCUGUCUUGUGCUUGGAAUCUUGAGCGGAUAGAUGUUAGAAGUUGUGUGAAUCUGUUUGGACUGCCAUCAGACAAUUCUCAAAAUCUUGAAAGACUUGCUUAUCUGAAUGUGAGCAAUUGCAAAAAGCUUGGGAAUCUUCCAGAUUAUGUUUGCUCAAAGUCUCUUGUACGUCUUGAUUUAAGUGGCACUGAAAUAGAAGAAAUGCCUGCAUCAAUCGGGUCUCUCGACAAACUUGAAAAAUUGAGACUUGAAAACUGUGAAAGCCUUAAAAAUCUUCCAAGCAGCAUUUGUAAAUUGAAGUCAUUGAAGAAUUUGAAUUUGAAUGGGACAUCAAUAGAAGAAAUUCCUUCAACAAUUGAACUUCUUUAUGAUCUCAAGGUAUUUAAUAUUCAAGAUUGCAAAAGGCUUCAGACUCUCCCGACCAGUAUCUGUAAGUUGAAAUCACUAGAGUAUCUUUACCUCUGCGGUUGUUCAAAAUUUGUGAGCUUCCCAGAAAUCAUCGAGCGUAUAAAUCUAAAAAGUCUUAAUUUGUCUAGAACGAAAAUCAAAGAGCUACCUUCAUCGAUUGAGAAUCUAGUUAAACUUCAAUUAUUAGAUUUGCAACUCUGUGAAAAUCUUAAAUUUGUGCCGAGCAACAUUUAUAACUUAAAGCAGCUUUUCCAGAUCAUGCUUUCUUGGUGUUCUGAUCUCUUAAAGUGGCCUCCUAGGAAAGUCGGUCUUUCAUGGGGCUUGUCUGAGCUUUGUUGGAUGGAUAGUGAUGCAUUUGAGAUCCUUGAUCGGCUCUGUUCCUCCUCGAUUACACAUUUACAUCUGAGGGGAAAAUAUAUUGAUAAAAUACCUGCAAACAUAAGACGCUUUUCUAAUUUGCAACACCUUUGUGUAAGAGAUUGGAAGAAUCUUCGAUCUUUACCAGAGCUUCCAUCCAGUCUAUGUACUUUGGAUGCGAGCGGUUGCACAUUGCUGGAAACAAUGCCAAGUAGCACAUGGAUCCACGAACAGGGGACAUACUCCAAUAGAAAACAUCGAAUGCGCUUCUUUAAUUGCUUGCAAUUGGAUCAGGAUGCAUACAGCAAUGUGAUAGCUGACGCACAGUUUAGAAUUUGGCAUAUGGCAAUUAAUAUAUUUACGGGUUUUCCACAGAAUGAUGUUUGUGUUUGUUACCCAGGAAAUGACAUUCCGAAAUGGUUCAAAUUCCAAGCAAUAGGUUCUUCAAUAAAUCUCAAUCCUCCUUCAGAUUGGCUUAAUUCUGAUUUCAUAGGUUUUUCCGUUUGCUUUGUGGCUGCAUUCGAGGAUUACAACUAUGCUAAUCCACGGUUGGAUUUUGAAUUUGAAGUCCAUUUGAAGACCAAAAAUGGUGGAAGUUACAAAUCAAAAUAUUCUUUUCUUGCCUAUGUUGGUGGUUGCUGCCGGUUGGCUGCUGGGACAACACCCACAAUCAUCAAUUCAGAUCACGUGUUCCUGUUCUAUGAGCCAGGCAGCUUUAAUGCUUGUAAACAAGUAGAAGACAUUGUCACUGAGGUGGCAUUUCACUUCUACCCUGUAUACGAAUCCUGGGACCCAAUUUAUAAACGUUUUCAGCAAUCGAAUGCUGAGUUCUGUCAAGUGAAAAUAUGUGGAAUCUGCCUAUUAUAUCGCCAAGAGGCAGAGGAACUCGGUUUCUCUAUUUCUGAUAAGUCUGAUAUAGAUGAGGAAGACGACAAAAAACCAAUUGGAGCUGAAAUAACUGAGUCUGCAACGGGAAAAGAGGAAGCCGACAGACUGAUUAGCAAAAGUGAAAUUGUAGAGGAACUCAGUUUGGCAAAUGAUCCUAACCUUGAAGAAGAUGGUGCUGUAAGCUACAAAUCUGAACGUUGUGGUGAAACAGCAAGUGUUUUUUAUUCUGAUAUGAAAGAGAACGUGGAAGAACCAAAGGAGGAUGAAAUAGUUGAAUCUGUCGCAGAGGAAAGUGAAGAUGAAAAUCCGAGCGAAAGGAGAAUUCCUAUUGAAUCUACUGCGGCGAAGUAUGAGGAGGAGGAACCUAAAUCAAUCUCAUGUGGUUGCUUACUGUUUCUCUCCUAUAUUAGAGCAAUGUUCGAGGAUGUUCUUGGGAAGAAAUAUGAGACCGAGUUCGAUCUGUAUCUUGACUCGUCCACUCCUAGACUCUUACCUCCUUCUAUGGCGGUUCAAGAGCAACUUCAGGCAAAGGAUGAAGCUAUAAAAUAUCUUCAAUCAGAUAUCAUGAAGUUGCAAGAUCAGAUGAAGGUCUAACACAAUGAAUGCUCUUCCUCAUCAACUCAAUUUCCUACUUCUGCACUACUUGAUUCCUAGCUGAACAUUAGAAGCUGGUAAACUUCAACAGGACCUAUUAUUGAUUUCUUGUUAAUAUUUCCUUUUUAUC